AUGUCAAUAGAAGAAGAAGUGGAUAAGGAGAGAAGAGCAUAUGAGUGUGAUCGUGUCUGGCUGAUUCGACGGACGUUUCUACGGAAGUAUUGGAGUGAAAUACCAAGAGAUAAACUUUUAUGCCUCUCACAACUCUUCAUCAACAUCAACAUGAUAGGUUGUGUGUACAGCGAUCCUGUAAUGGAAAAAAUACGUACACUUGGUGCAGGUAUCAUGGAAGAAGCAAAUAGACUAUCCCUGGAAACAAAGUCUGCUCCAGCUCCUGUAGUGAAAUCUUGUUUACCUCCUCCUUCCACUCCUGGGCCUACAGUCGCCGCUGAGGAACAAAGGCCGAUACUUCAUGCUCAGAGGAAUUCAGUCAGAAUGAGUUCGGAAGAUGUAUAUACAGAAGAAAGGAUGAAACAAAUCCGAAUAUUUCUGUUACAGGCAGAUUAUCGAGCUUCGGCGAUGGAGAUGCUGAACCACGCUACGGGACGAGCGCGGUCUCCUUGGACCCAAAACAUCUCCGAUGGCGUCAUGCGAUUAUGUAUAGCCAAUGUACUCGUUAUGCAACAAAAAUUUACACAGCCAAAUGUGGAUAUUCUAGAGUGUACUGUAAAUGCGGUUGUGGAAACUUUCUUACAUGGUGGUGAAGUUACAAUAAAGAAUAAAAUGGUUCAUUUCAAUGGAUCAGGCCCUCAAGAUCUAUACUACAACUUCGUAAAAAGGUGCUUGAAAAAAGCUGAAAAGCUUGCCAGUGGAGCGAAAACCUUCAAAGCACUUCUUUUGGCGCUUGAAAAGGUGAAUCUGUCCGUAUCGCAACACUGCACUCAUUUACAGGGAUGGUCUCAAAGAGUGGACAUCCGUAUUGGCGAUGUGCUAGCUUUUUCGCGGGUGCUGUCGAAAGGAGAAUGUGUCCGUCCCAAACUGGACAAAGCAGUGGAUGACAUGUGCGCACAUAUAAGCGACAUCAUAGCUAGCGGAUCUAGCAACAUCACAAAAACCGCAGCGGGACUCGAAUUGCGGUGA